GAGAUGACAAAAGCGUGCUGUUGAUGCUGUUUCAUGUCUGAAAGUUGGAAAGUUUUGGUUGAUAUAUUUCCACUGUGGUAGUACAGUGAAACACCAACGUAACGACAGGCCAAUCAGAUUGUUCUUGAAUUGUAUCCUCCCAUUUGAUAUGCUCACAUAAAGGUGAAUCGUCUUAAUAUACACAGCAAAUUAACAGCAGUCUCUCAUGUGGAAAGAGCAGAAAAUGUCUUAUAUCUUAUUUUACAUACUGCUGAUGCUCAGAGUGGGACGAUGCGCAGCCCAGCAAAACUUUGUGAGAAAGACUGUUGCUGUUGGACAAAGUGUGACUCUAACAUGUGCCCGUCAGACAUCUGAGCGUGUUGGGACCCUUUUUUGGAUCAAGCUUGUUGCUGGAAAGUUGCCUGAAAUCUUGGGGAAAGUUUUUAGCUUUGAUUAUGAUGAUGGUGUGAAAGAAAUUUCUCGCAUUUUUUCCAAACAAGAGCCCAAUAGAUUUGAUCUCCACAUUACAAAAGCAAUGUUGAGCGAUACUGCGUUUUACUACUGUUUGAAAGUCAAGCGUCUUAACAUCACUUUUGUGAAAGGAGCAUUUCUGAAUAUCAAAGGAUCAGAACCUGAUAUCACUGCUGUCAUUCAGGAGCCUCCAUCUGAUUCAGUCCAUCCAGGAGACUCAGUGACUCUGCAGUGUUCAGUCCUCUCUGACCCUGAGGACAAAACAUGUCCAGGAGGUCCCAGUCUGUUCUGGUUCAAAGCUGGAUCAGAUGAAUCUCAUCCCAGUGUCAUUUACACUCAUGGAGACUCUGGUGAUGGAUGUGACAAGAGUCCUGAGGCUCACGCUCCACAGAAAUGUGUCUACAGCUUCUCUAAGAACAUCAGCUCCUCUGAUGCUGGGACUUAUUACUGUGCUGUGGCCACAUGUGGGGAGAUAUUAUUUGGAAAUGGAACAAAACUGGACAUUGAAGAUGUUUCAGUUGACAGCAUUCGUGAUUUCCAGAAAGACGAUGUAAUUUUCUAUCUGGUGUGCGCUGCUUUGGCUAUAAGUCUGAUUGUUAUAGCCUUCCUUGUUUAUACCAUCAGGAAUAAACCCUGUGGCUGUUGCAAUGAUGUUGUCACUCUGCAAACAAAUGCCACAACAGGGAAUGAUGAUAAGCCAAGUCAGCAGAGAAAUGAUGACACUUUGGUUUAUUCUACACCAAACUUUACCAAGAGGAAAGCUGGCAAAGCAGGGAGAAGAAGGGCACCAGCAAUGGAAGAGACAGUCUACACUGAUGUCAGAGCUUUUGUGAUAAAUUAACAAUCUACACCAAUUUAUCAUCUGCACUAUAAUUUUCUGUGAUGCACUGGGAGUGAGAAAUACACUCCUGCAGCAGCAGUGGUCCUUGUAUUUCAUCACAGAAGUUGGUAUUAUAAAAUAUUUUGGAAAAACUAAGACAGUUAGCAAUAUUGUUGUAAUUUCUUUUCUCAAUAUGGGGUGGGGGCUUUUGGUGAUUUUAUCAGAAAGGACAGUAGCAAUGUCCUGCAGAUCAGAAAUGAAGCUGAGGAAGCUGCUGAGGAAUCAGCCCUUAAUGCUAACAGGUGAGCUACCAAGGAAAAACAUUUUUGAGUUCGGUUAUUUCAGAAAAAAAAAUUAUUAUGAUCCAAAAAUGUCCACAUUUAACAGUUAAGUAUUUUUGGUAAUAGCCUUUAGCCUUCCAUUUUAUUUUUAAAGCACUGCAAUUCAUUCAGCUUAUUCAAUUUUGACAUGAGAAGGGUUGCGUUUGUGUCUUUUUUUAUCUUUUUAUAAGAUAAGAUAAGAUGAAAUUUAUUGAUCCCACAGUGGGGAAAUUAAUUUGUCACUAUUAACUUCCUCCCAAAAUUCUUGUAUGUUGAUCAAUGGGAUGCAAAACAAUUGUAGUAUUUAUUAAGAAAUGCUUUUCUACAAUGUCUACAAUGAGCUCCUCUUAAUUCAUUAAACUAUGUUUCUCUUAUAUUAAUAAAUGCACAAUAACUGAAACGUGAAACACAAGUGUCACAAUACACAUUUUAUACCCACAGGAGCCUGGUUCUUUUUUAAAAUGAGGAGCAUAUUAAAAUCACAGUAAUGGCAAUGGAGGUCCUGAGGGUUGAUAUUCUCACCAUUCACAAGGCCAUGUUCAAAGUGAAAAAGUGGAAACAAUCUGGAUAAAUUAAUGUGU